ACCUGCAUUCUACAACUGCUCACUUUACUGGAGAUGGUCAAGAGAACAAGAUGUCCUCUUGCUGUUGUCCUACUUUGAGGUGCUCUGGGCUCAGGAGAGUCCAGAGCAAGAGAUGUUCAUGUAGCUGUCGAUGUCAGCUCGGCCCUCUUCUCCGAAGCUUCUGGUUAUGUGGCGGGAGACCUCAACAGAGCUGCACCCAGGAGAUCUUGGAGGAGAUGGUCUGUGGCUUCAACUACUCCAACUCCCUAGACAAUGAUCGGGUGCACCCGACAAACAGGGAUCGGUGCUGUUCUGAGGAAUCAACCGUAUCCCUGGGUGAGGCCAGGACCAUGCUGACGCUCAGAGAAGGGAGAGUGGAUGGUUUUCUACAGUCCUUCGUACCAUCCUCCCAGAACAGAAGCCUCGCCAACAACCCAGUCAUUUCUUGUCUCUACCAAUUGUUCACCACAGCCCAACAGGUCCUGGGCCAGCAAUUCUCCAGCACCCUCUCUCCCAUCUUGGGGACCUGGCCUGACCAGAACCUGCAGGACACCUGGCCGUCCCUGCACUGUGCCUGCUUUGAAGUACAGGAGUCCUGGGUGCAGGCAAAUCUGUAUGACCUGUAUUGCCAUGCCCCCAUUAUCGUGAUGCCACGGGAACUUCUGCAGCUCACUGAGGCAGAUGCAGAGUCAGAGGUUCCAGCUCCACGGCUCCUUCCAGCAUCUCCUCCGUCAGCUGUUCCAGACCUGGGACAAGAGCUCGUGCCUUCUUCAUGUGUGCCAGGUCAUGAGCUGCAGUCAGUUCCACCACCAGCCUUCCUGGGGAUUGUCGCUCCUUCCCUAAGCACAAAGACAGAGCCACCUCUAGCCCCAGAGGAGACUUGCCCCUGGUGCGGAACCCCUGAGCACCAACAGCAUGAGGAGCAGCCAGGGCUCAUGGCCUUCCCUCCCAAGCUGGUGGCAGAGCAGUUGACCUCCAUAGACGCGGAUCUGUUCAAGAAGGUGCAGCCUCAACAGUGCCUGGGCUCCAUCUGGUCCAAGAGAAAUGAGCCUGGAUAUGAGCACCUGACAUGCACAGUCAGUGCCACCAUCAGCCAGUUCAACAACGUGGCCAACUGUGUCAUCACCACCUGCCUUGGCAAUGCACACAUGACAGCCCGGGACAGGGCCGUGGUGGUGGAGCACUGGAUCAAGGUGGCCAAGGCCUGCCAAGCCUUACGGAACUACUCCUCCAUGCACGCCAUCCUCUCUGCUCUGCAGAGUGUCUCAAUUCACCGCCUGAAGAACACAUGGGCCAAAGUUUCCAGGAAGAAGAUUCAAACAUUUAAAAAACUGUGCAGCAAAGACAAUCCCCAGAGCAGGAACCUGCUUCUCAAGGUAGUAUGGAAGGUGUUGGGAUAGAAAGAGAGGAGGCGUGGGAGCAACGGUGUCCUUCGUGAGUGAAUUAGGGACUGGCCCGGAGCAUUCCUUCAGCGAGUGAAGCCUUCGGCAUGAACACGGAUGCAGCCUGGGGUGAAAAUCCACAAGGGGUGGAAAAGCAGUUGCUGCUCGACCAGAAUCCCUAGGCUGGACACACGCGCUCCCUGUCACCAGCUGGUCCAGAUGGGGGCCUCUCCCAAACUUGAACGCCCAGAGGACAGGCCUCUGCUCAGUGAGGGGUUUGCAUGGGAUGAGGGCCACAACAAUGAUGGUAGGAAUAGGACCCUGGGUCCUCGGGAGACCAAGGGAGGGAGGUGGAAUUCUCACCUUUCCCAGUGAGGAACCAGGCUCAGGGAGGCCAGGCUGCAAGCUCAAGGUCACACAGGGAGUGAAUGUUGGAGCUGAGGUUGUUCUAGAAUCACUCAUGGCAGGCUUAAGGAUAACGUAGCAUUCAACCCUCUGCCUUGGAUCGGAUGUCCAGGGUCUGAAGUCAAAGAUGGUGGGGAGAAGCGGUCGGAGGUGAUCAUGGUCUUGAGGAACUUGUCCUUGGCCCUGCAGGAACGGCCAUCUAAACUUGGAGCCCUGGGGAUAAAUGUGCAGAGAGCAUGGAAGAGGCGGCAGCAGCAGAAGGGUGUUGUCCCCUUCCUGGGCACCUUCCUCACUGACCUGUUCAUGCUGGAUACUGCCAUGGAGGAGUACCUGGAGGGCAAUGAGGUCAACCACCGGAAGAAGAAUAAGGAGUACAGAGUCAUGACCGAGAUCCUGCUGCUCCAGGUGGCUGCAGAUCGGUACCACAUAGAGCCCGAGUAUCCAUUUAGGGCCUGGUUCCAGUCUGGGAAGUGGCUCAGUGAAGAGGAGAGCUACAUCCUGUCCUGCCAGCUGGAGCCCCGAACCUCCUCACAGACAGGAAGAACUGGCCGCAGUCACCCUCAGGCCUGAGCACGGGGCCUGUCUGCUCGACACCACUUCCUCCCGCCUCUUCACUUAUUGGGAGGACCAAUAUUUCAUUGUCUUAACUAGUAAAUGGUAGAUUUCAAUGUUAUAAUAUUAAAGCCUCUUUACAGUCCAA